AUGCAAUCGCACACGUUCACGCGAGCGCGUGGACUACAAAUCUAUUGCAAUGGAACAUCGACGAAUUCACAGCCAUCAACAUCUCGUGGAUACACGAAGAGCUCAAGCGAGCCGAGUCGUAAAGGUUCACCCACGAAAUCACAUCGCUUAACGCAUCGUACAAAAACGGAAAAAGAAAGCUCGUUCUCCUCUGGUCUUCCACCAACUUUCGUGAUGGGUUUUCACGAGGAGGGCGCUGUUCGACGAAUGCCUUAUCGAACGCUUGGCAACACCGGAUUGCAAGUAUCAGUCACAGCUUUUGGCUGUGGGACAAUUGGUGGCCUAUUUGGCGAUAUUGAGGAUUCGAUUUCAGAAAUGGUCGAGUCAGCGUUACGCCGCGGAAUCAACUGGAUCGAUACGGCUUAUUGGUAUGGGCAAGCGAGAAGUGAAAGCAUUUUGGGAAAAAUUCUUGCGAACAUUCCUCGCCGAGCUUACUACAUUUCCACGCGAAUCGGUCGCUUUGAGCUCGAUUUUGCGAGAAAUUUCGACUUUCGAGCCGAUAAAGUCCUUGAAAGUUUACAAGAAAGUCUAAAACGACUUCGUCUUUCGUAUGUUGAUGUCUGUUUUUUACAGUUAAAUGAUGUCGACUUUGAACCAAAUAUCUCGAUAAUGCUCAAUGAAACGCUCCAGGCUCUUGAAAUGGCUCGCUCAUCUGGCAAAGUGCGUCACAUCGGUAUCGCCGGCUAUCCGCUCAAAAAGAUUAAAUCGAUAAUUGAAAAUUCGUCGGCAAAAAUCGAAGUGAUUUUGACGUACGGUCAUGCAACGCUCAACGAUAAUUCUCUUGGAGAGUUCAUUCCAUUUAUGCAUUCAUUGAAUAUUGGUGUGUUGAAUGGAUCUCCGUUAUCGAUGGGUUUAUUGAGUGGUGAGGGUGCGCCACCAUGGCAUCCCGCUAGUCAACCCGUCCGUGAAACAGUUCUCCAGGCCGAGGAAUAUGUUCAUGGAAAAGGAGUCCGUUUGGAGAGGUUAGCGUUAGACUAUUCGAUGCAUUUCCCAGGCAUUUCGACAUGUGUCGUUGGUUGUGGCAGUCUUUUGCAACUUGAUGAAGCUAUUCGAAUUGCCGAAACCUGUGACGGAAAGCGUUCUACUUCAUUGAGUGAGUUCGAGCUUCGAGUUAGAGAUCGAAUUAUGAGAAGAUAUUUCGAUAAGUUGAAUAAUGCUGGCUGGGAGGAUAUUGAUGUGGCUCGCUAUUGGAAAAGACUCAAAACUCUAGGUUUACCUUCAUUGGCCACUUACCGUCGACAUGCGUCGGUGGAGUCACUUGCGUCGACGCUAAACGGACUCUCGAUGGAUAGCGGAAGUGAGCUUCGACGGACGCCUAUUGGAUCGAGCCGACCAUCGAGUCGAAUGAAUAUGAGUCUUCUCUCUAGACAUGGCUUUGAUUUCCCCCGAGGACGUCUCCGAGCUGAUCACUCAAUUCACGGGAGGAAUACGUUUCCUGGAAUGUCAAUGUCUCGAGCAUCGAGUGUGGUUCCAAUUUCAAGUCGAAUGGAAUCAAUAGAAGAAAAUCGCCGUCUUCGUCGACCAUUUCUAGCGAAAGACUCGAGAGAUCAAUCGUGGAAACCA